CAUGGCCCCUUCCUAUAACUAUAACUAUAAACUAUCACACGGAACCCUCCAUCCUUUCUCAUCAUUUCUCUUAUUCCUUCUCUCCAAUUCCCACAAUUAAACUUCCACAUUCUCUCCUUUACUUUCUUUUUUCUUUCAUACUUCAUUUAAUACAUACAUUAAUGGGGAUGAAUGGGUGCAGAGAUGUCAGCAAGGUGAAUUGGAGGAGGACGACGAUGGGAAGGAGGAGGAGGAGGAGGAGGCGGAGGGGAGCAGCAACAGCCACGACAACAUCCAUCCAAAUGAGAGUGAAGAAGCUGCAACGAUUAAUUCCUGGUGGAGAAGAGUUGCAGCCGGAUCGGCUUUUCUUAAGGACCGCUGAUUAUAUAUUGCAUUUGGAGUUGCAAGUUAACGUUUUGCAAGCUCUUUCUGAGAUUUAUACUACUCCUUGAAAUCAAUGCACAUCCCUCUCUCUCUCUCUCUCUCUCUCUCUCUCCAUAUAUAUAUAUAUAUAUAGCAUAGCUAGUAGUUCAUGUUUUUGUUUUCUUCUUCUUCUUCUUCUUCUUCUUUUUUCUUUUUUUCCAUUAUUGGCUAUGAUUAAUAGCUAUAUAUAUGAUUAAGUUUCGUGGGACUUAGUUUUUAGUAUGCUUCUAUAACAUGAUUCAAAACGCACGUUAAUUAUUUUCAUCAUAUAUGCAUGUAACUUUUUUAUAUAAAAAUAUUUAAUAACAGUAUUAGCAUUGGGUGACUCUAUACUUGUACUUCUUAAUAUUGGCUUUUCUGGGGCUUGUACUUAAAUAUAUUUCAAUGUGAAAGAUCGAUGUUGAGAGUUAGCAGUACACGGGUCAGUCUUGAUUCUUCUUUUCGGUAAAGAUAUAAUUCUUGUUUCUCAAUUGUACUUGUAGUUUCUGAUGACCAUCCUCUUCUUCUUCUUCUUCUUCUUCUUCAAGGUUGAUUCUUGGCUUUCGAAAAGUUCAUGGAUUUAUUCCUUGCAACUUAUUUUGUAUGCAGUUUGCUGAAACAGUUAAUGCCUAUAUGUAUAUUGCACCAAGCCUUCACUGUCAUGAUAGUUUUCUAGUUGCAGUUGAUUUUCUUCUCUU